UUAAACGGAAACGAAUCAGUACGGAUGGAGACUUGAAGUUUCUCUCUGUCCGGGUGAGUCAUUUCUGAGAGAGAGAGAGGCGGUUGACGGGAGCGGCCGGAGGACACCGGAUGUGUCACCGGAGUGACAUCACAAAGGAGCGUCGCCGCAACACGAGAACCACGAACCCGAGAGCCUCCUGUCGCCAUCGGCAUCACCGUCCCCAUCAGCGGCAGCGGCACCAUGUCGGUACCGCCGGGGCGCGAGGCAGCAUCCUCCCUCCAGUUAAACAGGAUCAUGCGGCCGGAUGACGCCAACAUCAUGGGCACCGUCCACGGCGGCACUAUCCUCAAGAUGAUCGAGGAAGCCGGUUGUGUCAUCGGCACACGACACUGCAACACACAGAACGGGGAACACUGUUUGGCAGCUCUGGUUCGGGUGGAGAAGACGGAGUUCCUGACCCCUAUGUUCAUCGGCGAGGUUGCCCACGUCACGGCCGAGAUCACGUACACCUCUGAGCACUCGCUGGAGGUGCAGGUCAAGGUCAUGGCUGAGAACGUCCUCACAGGUGCCAAAAAGAUGACCAACAAGGCAGCGCUGUGGUACGUCCCCUGCUCUCUGAAGAACGUCGACAAGAUCAUGGAGGUGCCGCCCAUCAAGUAUGCCAGUGCAGAGCAAGGGGAGGAGGGCAGGAAGCGCUACGAGGCUCAGAAGAUGGCGAGACUGGAGACCAAAACAAGGAUUGAAGAAGUGGCGUCGCCUCCACCCAACCCAGAACAGCACACUGUUGGUUUCAGCCAGUCCAGUCUGAUCCAUCUGGUGGGCCCCUCUGACUGCACACUGCACGACUAUGUUCAUGGAGGCGUGACCAUGAAGCUGAUGGACGAGGUCGCCGGCAUCGUGGCAGCUCGGCACUGCAACACCAACAUAGUCACCGCCUCUGUGGAUGCCAUCAACUUCCAUCGCAAGAUCAAGAAAGGCUGUGUGGUGACAGUGACCGGGCGUCUCACAUUUGUCAGUAACAGGUCAAUGGAAAUUGAAGUGUUGGUAGACGCUUCCCAACUGAUGGACACAGCAGUAGGGAGAUAUCGGGCCGUCUCUGCCUUCUUCACCUACAUCUCCCUCGACAAGGACAAUAAGCCGCUCCCUGUUCCUCCUCUUAAGAUUGAAGGCGAGGAGGAGCAGAGGUGUUUCGAAGAGGGCAAGGCCCGUUACCUCCAGAAUAAAUCAAAGAGACUUGCGGAAAAGGAGCGCCAGCAGUGACGCCGCUUUGUGACCAGAAUUCAACGCCGGCAACAAUAGUAUAUCAACCCCACACAACACAUGUACUGUACAGUAUGAAGGAACUAAAAACCCUCUCUCCUGUUCUAUAACUGUAGCCUCCUGUAAAACAUGUUAUCAUAUUUUCCUCUGCUACACACCAAAGUGUCCACGUAUAGCUGUACAUGUAUUUAAACGUGAGAGUACGUAUUUUUAAUUUGGCUAGAUUUUUAAUGACGUAUGAAGACCAUUCAUGAUCUAUGUCAGUGCAAAGUGACGGUCUGACUGUAGGUGGAAGUGAGAGUACUAUUUUGUUUUAAGUAUAUUUUUGAAUAUGAAGACUUGAUGAUUUGUGUCAGUGCAGAGAUAGUCUGAGCGCAAGGAAAAUGAUGAAUAAUAAUGAAUAAAAGAUCCAAGCGUGA